AUGGUAGAGAAUCCAGGAGGCGAAUUGUGGAGUAAACAAGAAACUCAAAAGGCAAUCCGGACCAGACUUUGGAAGUCAUGGGAUGUUUUUGAACGGACUUUGAGAGACAUCCAGACAGCCACCGAUGAGAUGUAUGAUAAGCUUGGACAUGGGAGCGAGACAUCAUGGUCAGAUAUGACUCUCGCAGCAAAGGAGCUCAAACGUGUAGCAUUUGCACUGAGCCGAUCAGCAUACUCUGAGCAUUUAACAACCAUCCGGGACGGCAUAACGAAUUUGGAAUCACUAGCGACUAUGAACAUUGAACUGGAACCCAAGAGGAGAGUGAGAUCUCGUGUCAAGCUCCUCAAUGUCCUACGCACCGUCGUUGCCAGUAUUUAUCGGGCUGUUGAGUCGAAUCUCAAGUGUAGCCGUGAGCAUUACGUAUCUAUGCGAUUAUCGGCAGGUGUCGACAAACCAGGCUAUAUCGAAGAGGAUGAGAUUAUGCAGGAUCAUCAGACUGAUCUAUUGCUCUCCCACAAUCAAUUGGAAAAUACAUCCCGGUUACUCGGGGUCGACAGACAGGAAUGGGAAGGGGAGAUCACGGAUCAUUCAGUGGGACAAACAAAGACAUACAGCAUUUAUAGCUCUGCUGUGCUGGCAUCAGAAUCCCAUUGUUCGACAAUCUCUCUUUACGAGGUGCUUCACAACAAGUAUGGGUGCUAUUUCUUCUCAUACAGGCAAAGGCUACAGCUCGCAGUUUUUAUCGCAACAAGCGUGCUUCACUUAUACAGAACGCCGUGGAUGCUCGAGCUGCCUCGAAGCAAAAACAUUAUUUUUGUCAAGACACAAGACGAUGUCAUUGACUACAGCAGGGCCUUUCUCAAAGCUGAGCAAGUAUGUCCAAAUGACGGGGGCCGAAACAUGAUGAUACCAACACCCAAAUUAUUACCUAUCGGGGUUUUGCUAGUUGAGUUGAUCAAGGGUCAGAGGAUUGAGUCACUCCGAUCAGCAAAGGAAGUACUGAGCAGCGAACUCAGUGCUUUGUCGGAUUUUAUGACUGCACAGCGCCUUGUCGAUGACAUAUGUCAGGCCAGCUCUACUUACGGAAGCGCAGUCCGACGAUGCUUGGAUGUUGGGUUUAAAGCACAGGCGUGUGAUGUGCAAAAUGAGGAUUUCCAGCACAACUUUUAUUCUGGUAUUGUUGCAUUGUUAGAGGAAGACUUGAAUAAUCUGUAA